AUUUUCUGAUGCCCCAUUUUUUCCGCCUUUGUUCCUUUUCAUUCUUUCACUAUAAAAUUGCAGAGCUGCAAAGCGGCGGCCGCCCUCUGCCACCGUAUUUUUUCGUUCAAGGAGAGUUGGGAACUGGAGAUGGAAGGGAAAGGUUCGACGCUUGUUCAUCUUCUUGUUAUAGUACUCAGUUUAACUGCAUUUGGAUUUGCAAUAGCUGCUGAACGACGUCGUAGCAAGGGCAUUUUACGUAGAGAUGAAGUUACAGGUCGAACAUAUUGUGUUUACCAUUCUGAUGUAGCUACUGGAUAUGGAGUAGGUGCAUUCAUGUUUCUCCUUGCAAGUGAAAUGCUGGUCAUGGCAGUAACAAAGUGUAUGUGUUUCGGUAGCCCUUUAACACCUGGAAGCAACCGGGCACUAACCAUAAUUUAUUUCACAUCUUCAUGGGCCACAUUCAUCACAGCGGAAGCAUGCCUGGUUGCUGGCGCGAAGAAGAAUGCUUACCACACCAUCUACCGGGACAUGAUUUUCGCAGAUGAAUUUUCCUGUGAUACAUUGCGUAAAGGCAUAUUCAUCGCAGGUGCAGUUUUCGUGGCGGCGACGAUGAUUCUCAAUGUCUACUACUACAUGUACUUCACGAAAGCAACCACUCAGCCUGCUAAAAGAUUUAACUUUCCUACCGCAACCAUCGGCAUGGUUGGCAAUGUAUAGAUUCAGGUUCGCCAUUGUUGCUCACUCUGCUGCAGCAAUAUGCUCUUUUUUCUGGUAAAAUCCGUUUCUUAUGAACUGAAUGAUUCUUUGGAUUUUGUUUGGCUGCUGAGUUGCAGCAAAUUUAGUCGAAACAUAGAGAGCCAUGUUUUGGGAGCGAAUACUAAAUUAUGAUCUGCUCUAAAUUAUCACUGUCAAAUCUUCAAUUAUAUAUAUUUUUUUAUCAUCCCAA